AUGAGGUUCCUUCACAGAUUCCUAUCGGAGGAUGAGGCCAACGAAACGUUACCGGACUCGCUCUGUGUAUCGAAUUGCCUCAAAGAUUUGAAAAAAUUAGGAACUUGUUCACCCUCUUGUCUUUACAUGUGUCCUUCAAUCUGCGUCGUUACAGAUCUAUCUCCACCUCAAGUGAUUCACCAAGAAGAUGACGUAAAGAGGUUCGUAAUCAUCGCGGCUUCGUCUAUCCUCACAACUCUGUUUCUACUUGCUUUCCUUCUUCUCUUCUUCAAGUUUUACUAUAGAAGAAGGUCCAUAGCAAUAUCAAGAAGAUGGAGUAUGGAAGAAGAGGCUAGGAAUUAUGAUUUCGAUGGUUCAACACCAGUUAUCAUCGAUCAUCCGAUUUGGCAUAUCAGAACAAUCGGUUUGAAUCCAAGUGUUAUAAGCUCGAUCAAAGUUUGUAAGUAUAGUAAAAAUGAUGGUGUUGUUGAAGGAACGGAUUGUUCGGUUUGUUUAAGCGAAUUCGAAGAAGAAGAAACGCUUAGAUUGUUACCAAAAUGUAAACAUGCUUUUCAUCUUUCUUGUAUUGAUACUUGGCUUAGAUCACACACGAAUUGCCCACUUUGUCGUGCUCCUAUCACGGCGAAUGAUGAUGAUCAUAGUGAAGGUUUAGAGGAGAUCCGUGUGAUGAUUCCAGAGGAAAAUGGAGAAAUCGAUGAAGGAAUCGAGAGAGAUCACGAAGAAGAAAGAGAUGGGUUUGUUGUUAGUAGUACUAUUAUUAGAGAUCAUGGCGAAGCAGAUGAGUCGGGGCAGCAACAAAGAGUGAGACGAUCAGUGUCUUUGGAUUUAAGGGUAAGGGAAGUUGUUGUUGUUGUUGGUAGAGAAAAGGAAAAGAGGGGGAAUAUUGGAUCUUCCAUUGUUGGGAGGUCAAGUUUCUUAAAGAGAUCUAUCUCUUUUGGUGGUAAGUAG